AUUUUCGCUGAUCCGUCAGUAAGUCGCGGACCAUCGUCGCGGUCGAUAUCGUUCUGUCGUAGGCUGUAGAUGUGACCGAAAAAAGCCGGAGUGUCAUCGAUAAAUCGGUUGAACCCUCAGCAAAUCCAAUAAAAGUCACAAAACCGCGGGAUAAAAUUUUUUCCGUUACCAUUCAUACGAAGACCACGGAUAACAGACACCUGUAAAAUGAUGCGGGAAGGCCUACUGAUCGUGUUCCACACGAUCUCGACUGUGCAAUUCGGUUUCGCGGUGUAUUACGGUUUCUUCGAGCUGCACGUGCCCGUAGAGGUUUCCAAAAUGUUCAGCGGCUAUGCCGGGAAAUGGAAGUUUCUAACAUUCUGGGGCGCGAUCCUCCAAGCGUUGUUUUUCUUUGUCUGCAUGCUGAACGACUGGUUCGGCACGAAUGCCGUCAAUCCUAAAAAACCGCCCUUGAUUCGUAAAUUCAAGGACUUUCUGUAUGCAUCGUUAGCCUUCCCAAUAGCAAUGUUCGUGUCGCUAACAUUUUGGGGUCUGAUGUCUAUAGACCGUGAAUUAGUGUUCCCGAAGUCCGUUGAUCCGUAUUUCCCAUGGUGGUUGAACCAUUUGAUGCACACGAUGGUGUUGGUCUCGACGUUGAUAGAGAUGAUACUGUCGCCGAAACAAUAUCCGCGACGACUUUUCGGACUCAGUACCGUUUCGAUCUUCGGCUCUUUGUAUUUACUUUGGGUUCACGUGAUCCAUUACAAGAGCGGCGUCUGGGUGUAUCCUCUGCUGCCAUUGAUGUCGGUUCCAGUGAGGGUGCUGUUUUUGGUGUCGAUGGUGGUGUUUAGCGGGAUGUUGUAUAUCCUCGGGGAGGCGUUGGACAACUUCGUUUGGGGUAACGAACACAAUAAACAACAAAAGUCUCAUGCCAAGAGCAAGUAGCCUCGCCCGGUGGUUAGUUACUGCCUUCGGUCAUGUCCGAUCUUCUCCGAGGUGGUGGUGAAUAAAGCAAAUCCAGACAAAACAUUCUCUACACCCCAUACCCUGCGCGCUGUCCGGAUCAGUCAUUUGAUACCAAUAAUAUACUCGUACAUUGUGCAUGCCAUCGCGGAAACAGCGCGUGACUUUUUUAAAGAGAAACAAACAUAAACAUAAAGGACAGGAAGCGGAAACGAAAUACGCUCAAAGGAAAGAAUGAAAAUUAUGCGGUCUUUUGGUAAAAUUGCUCGCCGAGGGUUGCGUUGCUGAAGCAUGUAUGUUAUGAUCUCAUGUGGUUUGUGUCUCAUACGCGCGCUGCAAAGGGGCAAAACUAAUUAUUGUAACUCGACACGCUACACACGCUGUACAGUGCCUGAUAUUCGUUCCGGUGUAAAUAAACUGCGAACAUUGAGAACAUGUCACACGAACGUACACUGCCGUCCCUGAGCGUUAGAACUCGAGAAAUUAUUAUAAGAAUGUUAACAAAUAUUACCAGCCCCCGCAACGGCUCUCAAGCUGACUCGAUGUUCUAAUAAUUAGGGGCUGUAGCGUAAAUAUACGUACGUUACGACACUAAUGACGGCUACAUUUUUUGUACGGUCGACGACCUUCGUGAUCAUGACAAUAAAACAUGGAAAGAACUGAAUGGAAAACGUGAAUGGAAGAACAUAUGGUACAGAAAAACAACGAACUGUAUUUACGUGUGUGACUUAUACAUAUGUGUUCCGCGUAUUUGGAGAAGCAUAUAUUAUACAGACACCAUUCUCUGCAUGCAAUUUUUCUCUCUAUGGGAUUAAAACCGGGAUCUAUUUGUACCGAGUUUAGGAAAAAAAUACGUAGCCGAAAGUGACCGACCAGAUUGGUGAGGGUGAGAGGAUCGAUGUCAAGAGGACCGGCGUUUCGCAGACAGAGAAAUGAAUAGGUUCCGGGAUUGACGCCACAACGGUCUCGUGCGGAGAGGACAGACUUCCUUUUAAAACGAAAGCCAGAAUCAAAUUCGACCGUUACACCCCUCGUUUUUGUAUAGUGUACAAGGAUAAGACACUUAGCGGACGAAGAGUUUGUUAAUACUUUUUGUUAUCUCUAGACGAAGUUGAAUAAAAAUUGUUAUUUUCGAUA